AUGGCGGGCGAGCUGAGCGCUGAGGCGGCGCGGGAGAUCCGCCAGUUACAGAAAUCCAAGGAAAAGCUGCGGCGCCUCCGGAAUUCUGCUGAGCUGGCAGCGACCUGCAACAGACUGGGAGAGCUGCUGGCUACACAUGGGCGUUUCCAGGAGGCUCUGGAUGAGCACAGGGAGGAGCUGGAAAUUCUGGAAUCUUCCGGGGAUCCCUUGGGAUGCGCCGUGGCCCAUCGGAAAAUCGGGGAGCGCCUGGCGGAGCUGCGCCGCUUCCCUGAGGCCCUGCAGCACCAACGCCGGCACCUGGAUCUCGCUCGGGAGCUCUCGGAUCCCGCGGAGCAGCAACGAGCCUGGGCCACCAUUGGUAGAACUUUCAUGUUCAUGGCUGAAGAAUUCCCAGAAUUCCAAGAAUUUCCGGAAUUUCCGGAAGGAUCCUUAAAAAACGAGAAAAUUCCAGAAAUUUUGAAAAAUUCCGGAAAUUUUCAAGAAGUUCCGCUCGCGUUUCGUCGAGCGCUGGAGGCGUUCCGGAAUAGCCUGGAUAUCCUGGACACCAGGUUGGAAGGAUUCCUGCCCCGCCGGGAGCUGCUGCGGAUGCGGAGUCGCCUCCUGCUCAACCUGGGGCUGCUGCAGGAAUCGCUCGGGAACUGCGGCAGCAGCUCCGGCCUCCUCCGGGACAGCGCCCGCCUGGCCCUGGAAUCCCAAUGUUUGGAAGAUCAAUUCCGGGCCCAUUUUAACCUGGGGCUGCUGCAGCAACGAGGGGCGGAAUUCCAGGAAUCCCUUGGGAGCCUCGGGAAAGCUCGGGAAUGCGCCCGGAGCCUCGGGAAUGCUGAGCUCGAGAGGGAAACUCAGGCGGCCACAGCCCAGGUUUUGCUGUCCCUGGGUGACUUUGAGGGCGCCAGGCGGGCGCUGCGCCGGGCGCUGGCCCUGGGCAACCCCGGGGAGGCUGAGAGGAGGCGACUGCGGCACAGCCUGAGGCACGCCUCGCGCGUGUCCCGCUGUCUGUCCCGUCUGUCCGGAGGUGACGCCGCUGUCCCCUCUGCGUCCCCGGCCGUGUCCCUGUGCGAGCGCCUCGGGGACAGCCUGGCCCAGCUCGGGGACUUCCGCAGGGCGGCCGAGUACUACGGGAAACAGCUGGCCCUGGCUGAAUCCCUGGGUUUCGAGGCUCGGGACCUGGCCGUGAUCCACGUCUCGCUGGCCACGACGUUCCGGGAUCUGGGAGAACAUUCCAGAGCUUUGGAGCAUUUCCAGAAGGAGCUGGAGCUGCGCCAGGGGGAGCCCCUGGAGGUGGAAACGGUUGUGCGCCGUGCCAGCGUCUCGGAGCGCUCCAGCCGGUACCGGCGGGAGCAGCAGCGCGAGGCCAUCGUGUGGCAGCGAGGGGGACACAGGGACAGCGAGGACGAGGACAGGGGGACACCCGAGGGGACGGAGCCACACCCGCGUGGGGACAUCACUGGGGACGUCGGGGACGUGUCCCCCGUGCCACCCUCGCUGUCCCCUCACCCCAACGGCUCCGCCCUGUCCCCAACGUCCCCUCGCUGUCCCCCGACCCCCUCAGGUGACAAAAGCCACCCCCACACCUUGGCCGACCUCAAACGCCUCCGAGCGGCCUCCAAAACCCAACGGCCUCGCCCCGAAAACCCCAAAAACGCCGAAAACCCCAAAAACCCCCAAACCCCUCUCGGGGACAUCCUUGGGGACACGGUUGGGGACACGGUUGGGGACACGGUUGGGGACAUCUCGGACCCUCCUUUGCUGCGCCUGACGGCUCCGGUCGAGGAAACUCCGACGGAGAAGCAGCGUUGUUGUAGGGUGAUGUGA